AUGGAUUUGAAGAAUCACUCUGUGAUAAAUGAAUUUAUUUUGUUAGGGCUCACCAGUUCUUGGGAACUCGAAAUUUUUUUCUUUGUGAUAUUCUUCCUGGCCUAUACAUCAAUUUUGGUUGGAAACAGUCUCAUUAUAUUGAUGGUUACCUUUGACUCCCGUUUGAAUUCCACUCCCAUGUACUUUCUUCUUGCCAAUCUUUCUUUUUUUGACAUGACUCUUUCCACUGUUACUGUCCCCAAGAUGAUCACAGACUUCUUCAGGGAGAGAAAAACCAUCUCCUUAUGGGGCUGCAUGGCACAGAUAUUUUUAGUUCACCUCUUAGGGGGCAGUGAGAUGGCUCUUCUCGUAGUCAUGGCUGUUGAUCGUUAUGUUGCAAUUUGUAAACCCCUCCACUAUACAACUAUCAUGAACUGGAGGAUCUUAUUAAGAAGUAUCUUGCUUUCAUGGGUUGUUGGCUUUGUGCACACCAUGAGCCAAAUGGCCUUUGCUGUAACCUUGCCUUUUUGUGGUCCUAAUGUGAUUGAUGAUGUUUUUUGUGACCUUCCUCUGGUGAUAAGCCUUGCUUGUACUGAUACCUAUAUCCUAGACCUUCUUGUCAUUGCUGACAGUGGGCUGCUCUCACUGUUCUCCUUUGUUCUUUUACUUAUAUCUUAUAUUGUUAUCUUGGUCAUUGUCCAACGUCGUUCCCCAAGUGGUCUUUCUAAGGCUCUGUCCACAUUAUCUGCUCACAUUAUAGUGGUGAUUCUCUUUUUUGGGCCAAGUAUUUUAAUCUAUGCUUGGCCAGUUAGUAGCUAUGCAUUGGACAAAUUUCUCUCAGUGUUUUUCUCUGUUAUCACUCCUCUAUUAAAUCCAGUUAUCUACAGUCUGAGGAAUCAAGAGAUGAAGGCUGCAAUGAUUAGACUGAGGAAUAGGCACUUCAGUUCUAGGCCUACCCUCUAG